AUGGCGGAGUCUCAGCUGGUGUGCAUGGACGAUGAGCACGUCAACGAGAAGAUCCCGGAGACUAAACCCCAGUUUUACUACAGCGAGGAGCAGCGGGCGGCCCUGGAGCAGCUCCUUAGGAACGGGGACGGCGCCUUCAAGAUGCGCCUCAAAGAGGACAACAUCAAAGACUUCCUCUCCGCCAGGGAGAUCAGAUUCAUCCGGAAAACCUUCCAAGAAUAUGAAACGGACAGUGACUCUGAGUCCGGGGAGCAGGAGAAGUCCAAAGGGUCCUCCAGCGCGGACUCCGGGGUCCACUCCACCUACUGGCCCCAGAUGUCUGACACCGUGGUCCCCCCUCUGGACAUCGGCUGGUCCGGCAGCAGCGGCGUCUACAAGGGGGUGACCCGGGUGUCUGUGUACUCCCACCCUCCCAGAGAGCCCGGGCCGCACAUCAAGGAGGUGGUGAGGAGGCUCAUACAGGAGGCACACAAGGUGUUGGCCAUAGUCAUGGACCUCCUGACAGACCUGCAGAUCCUCCAGGACCUGCUGGAUGCCUCGUCACGGCGCGGGGUAGCGGUCUACGUUUUGCUGGAUGCCAGGGGAGUGCCCCACUUCCUGGAUAUGUGCACUCGGCUGCAGAUUAAUGCAGUGCAUCUGCGGAAUCUCCGUGUGCGGAUGGUGAGAGGUUCAGGGCUGGCCCUGUCUUUUGGAAAGCUGCCCGGGUCCCUGUGCUCUAAAUACAUGCUGGUGGAUGGAGAGAAAGUCAUGUUUGGGUCUUACAGCUUCAGCUGGAGUUCCUCUCGGAUGGACAGGAACACGAUCACCGUGAUGUCAGGACAGAUUGUAGACUCCUUCGACCACGACUUUAGGGAAUUGUAUGCCCUGUCUGAACUGGUAGAUCUCUACAAGGAGUUCAACAUCACCAAGCCGCCUAUUGCUACACCAAUCAGGAAGCCGAAGGUGGAGAACAUCCAGCCUCUGCCCGUCUCUACGUCUCGCUUUCAAGUAUCUGUCGAAGACUCAAGACAGGCGGGCCUUAAGGUGCCUGCACAUAAAUACCAUAACCCUAAGUACUCUUUAGUUUUUGGGAACAGUAAGGGUCUCACAGGUUCCCUUCAGGACCUGUCGACUCAGAGCAGCUCGCUGGUCAGUGGGCUGAACCACAGGAACGGACUGCAGAACAACGGCCUUCAUGGGAGUAGGAACAGCAAGGACAAGGUGGACCACGUCCCCCCUAAGAGUCCUGGCUCACCUGCAGAGGAGGAGGAGGAGGAUGGAAAAGGAGGCGUGAAGAAGAACCAAAUAUUUGGAGCGAAGAAACAACGCAGCUCGUUCAGGCACUUCCUGAAAGGCAGAGGAGCCAAUCAGAGCACAGAGACUAUCGAGGAGGGCGUGGUCACUCCUCAGAGCCCCGCCCCUGUCUACAAGGUGGCGGAGACCAAUGGCAUUACAGGAAGCGAGGUGGAGGACUCAUUUGAGAUAACUGAUAAAUCAGUUCUACCAAAAUCUAAAACCAAGAAGCCAUCAAAGCUCAUUCAAAGAAGUAUGUCCCUUCAAACCAUCAACACCGGAGACGAAGACGGAUCUAAAAGCCGGCGGAAGCAUCAAAAGAAGAACUGUAUCCAGUCAUGAGAUGAAAAACAAGAGGACCGUCUGUCGUUAGAGUUAUAAAGAGCAGCGGAGGAUCUCCUGAUUAAACAUGCUGAGUCACAGUAUCACCUUACUGAAACCAGGUGACAUAACUUCAGUCAGUGUCUCCGGCCUGUUACACUGCUGCAGGUGAAAGUCCUCCCGGGAGUCACCCCCGAUGAGAAGUUUUAGUUUAACUAAUCCUAUGAGGGUAAAACUCUGAAGCCAAAGUGCUGAUGGAGGGAAAUUUCAUCGCCAUUAAUUGACUUUGUCUAUGUUUUGUAUUAAAUUAUUCUACAGUUUUUACACUCUAUGCCUGAACCUGAACACAACAGAGCAGCCCGGGCUGUGACACAGGUAGAGUAGGUGGAUUACAUCACACCUGGUUACGAUGGAGACAGAAGUUGUCCCUGAGUGUCGCCUUACAGAGAGAGAGAGAAAGGACCCUUGGUAACAGAAUAAGUGUUGUACAGGCUGUGAAUAAUGUACGCUGUGCUGAGUGGUGCGAUGUUGACACAGUCCUGUUCUGUGUGCUGACUUUGUGUGUUUAUUCAGGUGAAGCUGGCAGAGAUCAAAAUGUGAAUCCUUGAGAACCACUUGAGAUAAUACAAAUUUU